AUGUAUGUAGGCUAUCUUUUGGAUAAGGACACCAACAUGUAUCCCAGUCCCGUCCGGCAUCCCAGCCUCAACCUCAACCCCCAGAACUACGUGCCGGGGCCACCCCAGUACUCGGACUUCGCCAGCUACCACCAUGUGCCAGGGAUUAACAACGACCCGCACCAUGGGCAGCCAGCGGCCGCCUGGGGCUCACCCUACACCCCUGCCAAGGAGGACUGGCACUCGUACGGCACCGCUGCCGCCUCUGCCGCCACCAACCCGGGGCAGUUUGGAUUUAGCCCCCCGGAUUUUAACCCCAUGCAGCCCCAUGCGGGCUCUGGACUCCUGCCUCCAGCCAUCAGCAGCUCGGUGCCACAGCUGUCCCCUAAUGCACAGAGGCGCACCCCGUACGAAUGGAUGAGGCGCAGCAUUCCCAGCACCAGCAGCAGCGGCAAGACGAGGACAAAGGACAAGUACCGGGUGGUGUACACGGACCACCAGCGCCUGGAGCUGGAGAAGGAAUUUCAUUACAGCCGCUACAUCACCAUCCGCCGUAAGGCCGAGCUGGCCGCUGCCCUGGGGCUCACUGAACGGCAGGUGAAAAUUUGGUUUCAGAACCGAAGGGCGAAGGAGAGGAAGGUGAAUAAAAAGAAACUGCAGCAGCAGAGCCAGCCCACCAGCACAACCACACCAACCCCCCCAGCCGUGGGCACUCCGGGGCCCAUGGGGACCCUCUGCAGUGGCAGUGCCCCAAGCCUUGUCUCCUCGUCUCCGCUCACCAUCAAGGAGGAGUUCAUGCCUUAG